CAGCUUGUAGCUUCUGCCCUCGGCUCGCCAUCUCUCUCCUCUUCAGUGCCGGUAAUUGACCACCCCGCUCUCAACCGGCACCUCACUGCUGCCGCCUGCCACCACUUGUCGCCUCGCCCUUCCUUCGCCAGCCUCCAGAGAUCCCCCGUUCGGCGCCUCUGGCGAAGCUCCUCGCUCGCAGCUGGCAGCUCGCUGCUGCCACUCGGCACACAUCAAUCACUCCAGUGCCUCUUGCCAUCACUGGCGGUGGACCGCCUCCCAAUCUCAACUGCCACCUCGCUGCUGUCGCCUGCCACUUCUUGUCGACUUGCCUGUCCCUCGCCUCGCCUCCCUCGAGUGCCCCUUUGUUCCGCACCUCCAGUAAAGCGCAUCUCGCUCGCAGCACACUUGUACCUCCAGGCACACCCUUGCAUUGGGCUAACUCCAUCAGCCAUGUCUCAGAUGACUGCAGUGGCCAUGCUGCUGCCAGCUGGUGGCUUUCCUUCUCGGUUCGGCCAUCGCGGUCAUCAGCAUCACGACACUUGGCAGAGAUGCCUGGUGGCAUGCCACCACAGCAGAGGAACCCGAGCGGUAUCAAACCGGGAGCGCUUCAGCUAUUCAGGAAAGCGUCAAGGCGAAAUGUUCGGCACGCUUCGGGGAGGGCGUCUUCGACCAAUUCGGCCCGUCGGACAUGAACGCAAGCCUGUUGAAGUGGAACCAGGCAUGUCCACUGUCACAUGUCAGAACGCCACAUGCGGACCUCCCACUCAUGCCCAUGGAAUUGAGGUUUCUGGUCACCAUGCCCGUGCUCCCUCCAUGCCGCCUCACUCUCUCCCCACCCUGGCGCCGGUUAAUGUGCUGUAUUCUGCCAUCACCACUCUUAUAGUAGUGCUGUGGUGGAAGGACGUGACCCACAUGCAAGUCAGAGCAUGGGUGCAUCAGCAAGGCUUGGCUGGAGUGAUGAAGCUGAAGAGUGCAAGCAAGUGCUUCGAGCCACGGGGAAUCUUCUCUUUCCUGCGCAGCCUUAUGAAGCAUGCCAGUUUUGUGAUGCAGAAUCUGGGUACAGAUGUUAGGACUGUCAUGGCGAGUUUGGCCGGAACGCAGGAGUUGAGUGAGGCGAUGGAGACGAGGAUGAGGGCGGUUGGCGUGCAGCUGGAAGAGACAAGGAGGGAGUUGGAGGAGGCUGAGAGGAGAAGGGUAGCGGAGAUGAUGGAGAUGAGAGGGCAGAUGGAGGAGAGGGAGAGGGAGCUGGCAGCAUUAAAGGGAGAGUUUGCUGAGCAGAAAGAUGCUCUCAUGGACUUGGAUGUUGACCUGCAUAUCAUCCGGAGUGUAGGCGAUCAAAGGACUGCAUGGGAG